AUGAUGGUGGGCAAGUCGCGCUGGACCGUGCUUGUCCUGCUGCUGGUCGUUGUCGCUCUCACCGCCUGCUCCUAUGCCCAAACAGUUGAGACGGAGUGCGGGCCUGUGCGGGGGGUGGUGAACGAGGCCAGCGGGGUGGCUGCCUUCUUGGGCCUCCCCUACGCCCAGCCGCCCGUCAAGCACCUCCGCUGGCAGCCCGCUCAGGCCCUCUCCCGCGACCUCGGGUGCUGGAAGGGGUUGCGUGUCGCGUCGGCGUUCGGUAAGGCGUGCCCGCAGCAGUACAUGCCGGCGUCGGUGAUGAGCGAGGACUGCCUGGUCUUGAACGUGUGGACGCCCAACCGCACCCUGCACAGCAGCAGCAGCGAGAAGCUGCCCGUCAUGGUCUUCUUCCACGGCGGCAGCUACGUCAUGGGCAGCGGCCAUUUCGAUGGCAGUCGCUUCGUCAACAAGUCCGAUCAUCAGGUGGUUCUUGUGUCGAUCAACUACCGCUUGAACGGAUUCGGCUUCAUGGCCCUUGACGAACUCUCGCGCCACGAUUCCCGCGGUGUAUCCGGCAACUACGGCGUCACCGACAUGAUCGCAUCACUCGAGUGGGUGAGGAAGAACAUCGCCUCGUUCGGCGGAGAUCCCAAUCUUGUGACGAUCUUCGGCCAGUCGUCCGGCGGCACGGCGGCGCUCAUGCUGCUCACCGCGCCCUCCGCCAAGGGCCUCUUCCACCGCGCCAUCCUCGAGAGCGCCUCGACUCGGGUUGAUAUGAGCCUCGCGGAUGCCAACGCCCAGAACAGGGUGUUUGUGAAGAAGGCCAAGUGCGAUGGUGCGGCCGAUGUCUACGGCUGCCUGCUCUCGCUGUCCACGGACCAGAUCCUGGAAGCCAUCCCCUGGGACGAGUACCCGUACUACAACCACCCGACCGACAUGGACAUCCCCAUCUUCGAGAAGGGUCCGGGCGCCAUGCUGGGCAUCGUCGAUGGCGUCACGAUUCCUCUCCCCGUGGAUCAGGCCCUGAUGGCGGGGCUGUUCAACGACGUGCCGACCAUCAUCGGCACCAACGAGCAGGAGAUCGACUUCGCUCCGGCUGCCCAUCUCGAGAACUACACGAUCCCUGAGUUCCAGGACUACAUUAGGAAGCGGUACGAAGUGGCCACGGCCUACAACGGGCUCCCGCAGAAGGCCUACGAUUCCAUCGGCGCCGACAUUCACGCAACUUGUGGCCAGCUUCUCCUCGCCAAGAACGCUGGUAUGGGAUUCAAGUCGCCGGUGUUCCACUAUUCCUUCGGCCAAGACCCGUCGCACCCCUUCUGCCUCAUGCCGGACUGGUGCGCCAAGUAUGCCCUGCACGCGCUCGAGAUGUUUAUGCUGUUCGAUGAUUAUUCGGCCUACAUGCCCACCGACUACGUGCCCAACGCCGUCGACAACAAGAUGGGCGACAUCAUGCGCCACUUCUGGCUCUACUUUGCCAAGCACGGCGACACGCCCUCCAACGACGGGUUUGCAAAGUGGUGGCCCAUCAACGGAAACAACGUCCGCUGGCCCGAGGACUACAACACGUACCGCCUCACCGUCAAGCCCACGGCACACCGGGGCUGGAAGAGGCAGGAGUGCGAGUUCUGGAACGCCAACGGCUUCUACGCCUUCAACUGGAACAGCUGA